GUGAAACAGGGUGCUUCAUCGAGACGGCGGGAGCUGGCGAAACAUAAAGAGGCUGCUCUCCAGAGAACAGAAGUACACCCCUUUCAGUGUUGCAUCUCUUUAAAUGUCACUUUCUGGUGAACGUGCAUUGGUGGGGGCCUGAGUCCUGUGUUUCUUUUUGCUGUUGGAAAUCUCUGUUAUAGGUAAAGCUGUAAAAACAAAUGGAGGAAAAUGUGCACAUACAAGCGGGAGACAAAGUCUCUUUAAGCUGCCCGGUCACUGAAUAUAAAAAACGGUGCAAAGGCAACUUCAACAAAGUCCUCUCUGAGGAUGAGAGCAACUUCCCUACCCUCCAAUCUGAUUAUGAAGUGGAGAAGAAGUUUAUGACUGAUGAAGAUGUGAAGAAUGUCACCGUGACGAUCAUGAACAUGACUGGGCAGGAUGAAAUCUGCGAUGGAUGUCAGUUUACAAUCGAAAAUGCAAGAGACCUGAUAUACGAGAACUGCCUCAGCUUCAAAGAGCUGUAUGAACACGUCCCUGAUGUCAGCAGAUCAAGCUUUCUUGCAGGGUUAGUUGAGUCCCGUUUAGUUCAACCUGCUCCCACUGUAACACUGACUGGCCUACUGGAGAACCUCUGCAGGUCCCUCUCCACCUCCACCAAUAAUAUGAUCAACAGCAACUGUAUCAUCACCUCCUCAGCUUGGAUGUCAGGUCCCAUCGAAAAACGGGUUAAAGAUAUAGCGUCACCACUCGCUGAAGCUUCCACAGAGGUGAUGUUCGCCCUCUCUGGAUCCUCGCAGACGUCUGAUGAUGGUUUGGAUGAACAAUUUGGAUUGUUUGACAGAAACAGGAGAUGGUCUCUGACUGAUCCAGCCGUCACUAUUCCAGCCGGGGCUAUUGCAGCUAUUACAGCUGGGGUUUUUUCACUCUUCUUGGUGGCGGGUGUUUGUAUUUCCCUGUGCGGAAAAGCAUUGUGGAAAAGGAAGAAUAGCCUGGCACAGGAAGCCACUGACAACGGACCGCACGUUUAACUCACUCCGUCCCUACCUGAGCUCAGCCGCCGUCAUUAUCAAUGAGUCCAGACAUUAUCAGCUUUUAGGCAUCGCUUUCAAGUGCUUUAUCUUUUGAAAAAUAUUUUUAGUCUUUAUUUGUCUUUCGUGUGCCUUCAUUAUAGUAUUCAUUUAUAAACAUAUUAACUCUCAUUUACUAUUAUUUAAUAUUUUUGUCUGUCAGAUUGCAUCCUUCUUAACAAGAAAACAGAGUAAUAAUACGUCUAAUACAUAUUUUCAUUGUUUUGAAGUUGUCUUUAUUGAGAAUAAUCUUUAGCUUCUCCAGCCACCUCUGGUUUCAAGUCUCUGUUCAUGUUACUUUAGAUGAUAGAUAACUAGAUAACGUAUAUAAUGGAUCACCUCCAGCCUGUGGACAAGCCCUUUGUGCACAAAGAAACAGUGAGGAAUUUGUCAGUAGAGGCAGAAGAAGCCCUCAGAGACAGCUUCAGGUGGACUGUGUGGGAUGAGCUAUACAAUCCUCAUAGAGACAACAUCAAUAGAAUAACAGUGUGAAUAACAGAUUAGAUCAAGUUCUGUGUGGACUCCACUGCUCCCAGGGGCGGGCUGGGGUUGAAAUUCAGCCCAGGAGUCCGGUUUGGAGAGGCCUAAAUACGAUCAUAUGACAGAUGCAAGAGGAACUGUAAUUUUUACAUGAAUACUUUAUUUGCAAUAGGUUUUUCUUUUAACAAUUAAAACUCUGUGUGUGUGUGUGUGUGUGUGUGUGUGUGUGUGUG